AUGGACGAGAUCGAGGCGCUGCAGGCGCUCCUGGGAGCUGUGCAGAAGCAGGAGACGCGCCCAAGGCUGAGCGAGCGGAACUGUCGCGAGCUGCUGAUCAAGCUUCUCUCCAACGGUCUUGUGACCCUCAUCGUUAACCUGGAUGGCAAUGAAUAUGUCACCCCGGAGCAUCUUGAGAAAGAGAUUCGAGAUGAGAUCGUUGUGAAUGGAGGAAGAGUGAAGAUCACAGAUAUUCAGACUGCGGUCAACGUCGAUCUUCGACAUGUUCAAGAUCGGAUGGACAAAAUCCUUAGUGAGGACUCGAGCAUCUCCAUGAUCGAUGGCGAAGUGUUGACCAGUGGCAUCGAGAUUCGGCAUCACGACUCAAUUCCUGAUCGAAACUCUAUCGCGAAGAAUGGGCUCCAUAGUGCAAGGAAGGAUGGAAGGGGGAUGCUGUAUACUGACACAUACAUCGAGAGACAGGAAGCUUGUAUCCGAGGAACGUUCAGCGCCCUCACUCGCCCCACAACUCUCGCCAGUUUGCAGUCAAUCUUCUACUUCGACGAGUCGCUCUUCGAUCAGAAGGUUGAAAGUCUCAUCAAAGAAGGAAGAAUCAAGGGCACGUUGAGCGGUAAAGGCAUGAGAGCAGUUUACACCCCCGAAAUCUUCAUCCGAUCUCAGCUCUCUGCGGCAAAGAAUUUCUUCAAUCAGAAUGGAUACAUCGAGUACUCCACCGCAGAGAAAAUGCUCAUCAACAACCCAAAAUCAUUCCUCAGCAAAGAGUUUGGAAAUCUUGGUUUUGCCCUUCGGAGCUGCUUCGUCUCAUCCAGAUUGGUCGAACAGUGCAUCGAGCAUAUCCGGGCGAAAGCAACAGCGGACGGGGACAGGCUCCAUGCUGCUCUCAAGAGCGAUCUUGUCAGCCCAGCUGCUGCACAGGACGACGACGACGAUGACGACGGGGGUAGGGGAAAGAAGAAGGGAGGAAAGAAAAAUGUGAAGGAGGUCGAAGAGGAGGAGGAAGACGGGAAGAAGGGCAAAGGAAGCAAGAGACAAGAACUAAAGGAAGCAGCAGCGAAGCAGAAGGAGAAGAAAGGAAAAGGAGGAGGAGACGAGAGCUCGGCCAAGAAGAUAGACAAGGGGGGGAAGCAGCAGCAGGGAAGCUCUUUCGACUAUGAUGGAGAAACCUCAAAAUUUGUCAAAGACUUCUUAAAGUCUUCUUCUGAUGACCAUGAGAUGGAUUUUGCAAGUGAAGAUUUCAUACAAGAAGUUGUCGUCUCCUUGCGGUCAAAAGCUAAAGAUAUCUACCAUGAGAUUGCAAACUCUCUCUUCACAUCCUCAGCGACCAAGAGAGUCAAGAACGAUGAGUUGCAGUCAAAGUUUGUCCUUCUAUACCAGCAGCUCUCCCUCUUCCGAAAGGGGAUCUCGUUCUUUUCGGACGAAACAGCCGCGGCGAUGGAGAAGUACCUCUUGAAAACUCUCUGUACGGAUAUUGUCAACCUUGUGCUCGAGAGCCAGUGCAAAGCUCAUGGGAUCUCCUUCUCGGCAACUGCAGAGGAUCGCCAGAAACUUCAGCCGAGCCUGACGCAGGAGGCCGCGGGGACUCUGAGCUCCUUCCAGGAGCUCGUGGUAAAGAUACUCAACAGCGACGGGGGUGACGAAGCUGCCAUGGCAGAGGCUGCUGCUCUCAGCGAGACUGUGCGAAGUUUGGCGAGCACUAAGGAGGGUCUGAGCAAGGCAUGCGUGUCUUCAGAAAAAUGA